CGAAUGGACUUGAAAUUAGUUCGGAAUUAGGACGAGGUUUUAGCGGAAAUGGGGAUAUCUUGGGAUUUGGCUAUAAUACUGAUUUGUAUUGUAAUGGAGUCGCAAUGGGCAGCACCAACCCUUCAGAUUUUGGAGCACCUGUUGGUCCUUGCAUCACGGGUAUCAUUGACAUGCGUGAAUCAAAUGAAUCAAUUAUGAAGAACUAUGUUAUUGAAGAAGGUGUAAUCCCCGCUGCAGGGGCCACAGCAAUCAAUGCUUUAUUUCAAACUUUGAGCACGAGAGCCGAGUCACUUUCGUUGAGCAAAAAACUAAUUAAAACUUGGAGAAAUACCAUUUCGACAAUUUCCAAUUAUGCUGGUUCUAUGGCAUAUACUCAAACCUAUUUGAUCAUGUCGCAUGACAACAACACAGGCUAUUUAGAAUUGCAAAAUGAUAAACUUAGUAUCAAGUACGAAGGUGCUGGACUUACUCCGACCGUGCGAAGAUUGAACGAAACGUUAGCAACAGUCACAGCCAAUAUAAAUGGCACUUAUAUUCCAUCGCCAUUAUGGACUAAGUCCCUAAAGAAUUCUUUAUUCACCUUACAUCCAAUUGGUGGAUGUAACAUGGGAAAGAAUGGUUAUGAAGGCGUCUAUAAAAAUGAUGGUAAAGAAGUUCACGAAGAGCUAUACAUAUGCGACGGGUCAAUUAUACCGAAGGCCCUUGGCGUUAACCCUUUCUUAACAAUAAGUGCCAUGGCCGAAAGGAUCUGUGAUUUAGCUGCAAAAGAUCAAAAUUGGGACAUUAAUUAUGAGCUUGUAAACGAUCAAAUAAACUUUGAAAGACCACGUAUUACUGUUUGGCCUGACGAAAGGAAAAAGUUUAUGUGGCCACCACCAAAUGGUGUUAUUGCUUUUACUGAAGUUAUGAAAGGAUAUUUCUCUACAGAAGUCAUUACAGGAGAUUACCGGGCUGCAGAAUCUCAAGCUAAAACAUCCAAUUCAACUAUGCAAUUUUUAAUCAGCAUAUUUGCGUUUGAUGUAAAUACACUUGUGGAGUUUAGUAAUAAUGACGCAAAAAUUGUUGGUACUGUGUCAUGCCGCGCAUUGUCUCCUGAUCCUUUACUCAUCGUUGACGGGAAAUUCCGUUUAUUUGCUAAAAAAAGCGAUCGGGGAUAUAAAAUAUUGGACAAUAGUAAUAUGUUAAAUGCGUUAGAAAAAGUUAUUACAUUGUAUGUUACUGUCUAUAAUACUGAUAAACAAGAAGAUUUAAAAAAUUUCGAUGAUAAAGUUGAGGAAAAAGAAGAGGAUGAACGAAAAGUCAUUGGUAGAGGAAUUUUAGUAAUAAAACCAGUUGAACUUGCUAAGCAAUUAACUACCUUUAAGGUAAUCGGUACAUCAUCAAUGCAAAAAGUUGAAACUUUUCUCAGAUUCGUCAGAUUCUUCGCUGCCACUAUGGUGGAACAUACUUUUACCAGUUUUCUUCCUUUGCAAUACAAGUCGGAUGGAGAUAUUCCUGACUAUAACAAGCAUAGUCCAAAGAAGGAAACAUUUGACAUUGAGGCCGAUGAUCGCGUGAAAACCAAGUUGUAUAGGUAUAAUGGCGGAAAAAAGGGACCUGUACUUUUGUUCCACGGUGCCUCAGUAACGCAUGAUAUGUUUGCUACGAAUUUAAUCAAAAAUAACUUUUUAGAUUAUCUCAUAGAAAACAGAUAUGAUGUGUUCUCAGUUGAUUAUCGCCUUGCAACAACAAAUAAAGAAAGUUGUAAGCAGCACACUAUGGAUAAAUGUGUUUUAGAUAUCAAAGCAGCUGUAAAUAAAGUUCGUGAAAUAACUGGUUGUAGAAAGAUUGCAAUAGUUUCGCAUUGCCUCGGAUCCCCUUUAACAUUUAUGGGAUUGCUAAGUGGAAAGAUUGAGGGUGUUGGCUCGCUUGUUGCAUCUCAAGUGGCAAUGCACCCGAUUUUUAGUUACUUGAAUCGUAUUAAAAAUAAAAUUAAACUGGUUUCCAUUUUUCAACAUGUCUUACGCCAAUCAUAUUUUGAUGUCCGGACCUUUCCAAAUACAAAUUAUUUGAAUUGGACUAUCAAUCAAGUUUUGAGAUUCUAUCCUGUCCCAUCAGGUGAAAAAUGUCGAAACGCAUUAUGUCAUCGAAACUCUCUGGCUUUUGGAACGCUCUACGCACAUGAAAAUUUGACUCAAACAUUACACGAUAAUCUUAAUGAAUUUAUGGGACCAAUCAAUUUAGCAACAUUGCAACAGUUAGCUACUGCAGCAAAAAUUGGAAGACUAGUAGACGAUAAUGGGAUGAUAUUUACGUUUGACGUUGAGUCAAUCAGACAGUCAUAUGAAACACUUAUUUCCAUUAAUGAUGUUGAUAAUUAUACUAUACAUAUUAUUCCUAAUUAUGGCCAUUUAGAUGUUUGGUGGGGUACAAAUUCUCAUGUUGAUGUGUUUCCAAAAGUUUUGAGGCAUCUGAAUGAUACACGGCAUUCAUAUGG